UGAUUGUAGUUGGUGACUGCCUAUUUUAUUGUUUCUCGAAAGUAUCACUACUUUUUCCUGUUUUUGUGUUGUUUUAGCUUUUGGUGCUAUCAUUAGUUGUCUAUCUUCCAUUAAACGGGGAUGAGAAUGUGGGAAUGCCUACAACAUGAUGUCAUUGGACUUUUAACUUCAGUUGGAGAAGAGAAAGAAUAUGCAAGAGAGGGAAAAAUUGUGAAAAUGAUUGCAUUGGAAUUAACUUCAAAAGAUCUUACAGUGAGAUGUGCAUUGUUUGGGGAUUAUGUUAAUCAAGUAAAUCAUUUCCUUGCCUCUGGGUAUGUGGAGCAGCCUGUUGUAGUUAUUCAACUUGCAAAAGUCAAGUUCUUUCGGGGUCAAGUUGGUCUUCAAAAUGUCAUGUAUGCGACACAAAUGUUAUUUAAUCCUGAUAUUCCUGAAGUUGUUGACUUCAGGCAGAGUAUGAUUGAGCAAGGUGGCAGUGGUACCCAGCCACUGUUUAUUGCAAAUGAGGGUAAGGUUCUCUCCUUGGAAGAUGACUUCAUGCGUCUAACUAGAAAGUGCACUAUUGAAGAGCUUCAAGAUAACAAUCAGGUUGUCUUCUUUUGA